AACCGGCAACAGUUCGCUACAAAAGACGAAGUUGUUUCAUUUCUGACACUUCGUUUUCACAGAUUUUGUACAAGGAAGGGUUUCGCGUUGGAGACCUUCAAGUUCUUAGCGUUCACCGCUUUCACAAGAGGUUUAGGCACCCGCGAGAGGCGCCUAAAUUCGCCAAAACUUUACAGCAAAAAGAACCACCGUUUAAAACGGCAGUUGAACCCGUACUAGCCUUUAUAAAAGAGCAAAAAAAAUGUACGCACCGGUUGCAGAUUUUAAACGCAGAAUGGCCUUCUCAAACCAGAGUCGAUUGUCCACUGGACAUUCGAGAAGACAGUCUAUACGAAAGUCUUCAGAACGAGGAACGUUUAAUCGAAAAGCCUCAAAUCGAAAUUCCGCAAGAGUUUAUUGCAGACGAGAUCGACUACAAUUUGCCCUCGACUACGAAACAAGAAUCGAAGCUAAAAGUUCACAAGAAAACGAAAUUCGAGGGCCUAGCCUUCACAAAGAUGGACAAUAUCUUCUUCGGGGAUCUGGAUGGUCCAUUUGAUUUUGAAGAUAUAUUCCCGGAUGACCCAUGGAUUAAAAAUACAGAUGUCCCUGUACAAAAUCUUGAAAUACCGGAGCACAGUGCGGUUACUGCACGAGAAGUCUUAGAAGAAACAAUUCUAUCACCUGAUGUAAACGUGCAGAGCACAGUAGUAGAAGAAACUGAUCAUUUCUUCUCUGAACAAUUUAUAAACCUGGCUACAAUGGAGUCUAAUGUGAACUCUCUCGCCACUGAUCCUAUGGCUGGUUUUGAGGCCACGGAUAACAUGAUCAUGCGAAAUUUUGAAGAGUUGCUAGCUAAUGUGAAACAGGAUGUUCCUGAGUUCACAUACGAAGCUUCUUCUCAGCUUCAAAAUCUCCACGUUCAUGUUUCUCCAGAGCCUGAAAAUGACCUCACUGCAGCGGUGGUCCCAGAUGUGAUGAUUGCUGAGAAUGUACCUUCCCUUCCCGAAAGUCCUACCGACACCACCAAUUCUGGUGUGUUCGCAAAUGAUUUCUCCCUUGACUUGAAUCAACUUGAUCCAGCAAUUGUGAAACUGUUAGAAAACCUUGAAAGAUCUGAAGAUACAACUGUCAAACCUGACAGCAAAAAGAGGCCUCUCGUGGAAGUCGAGGAGCCUGCUGACACCGCUCCUGCAAGCAAGAAGACAAAGUCGCAGUCAUGUAGCUCUGAAGAGGGUGUUCCUGACAAAAUUGCUGUAAGGAGAAUGAAGAACAAUGAAGCCUCUCGUGUCUGCAGAGCUUCCAGGAAGGCGAGACACAAUGACUUGUUUGAUCAGGAGAAAAAGCUUACAAUUGAAAACAAAGAGCUGGCUGCGAAGGUGAAGGAAUUAUCAGCAACUGUAGAAUACCUCAGAAAUCAUUUGGUUGUCAAAUUAAGUGGACGGUGCAAUUAAUUUAGCCAGUAGAAAUAUGAUCAAAAUUACAAUUAGAAUUCUGUAUAAUAUUUAUCAUUGACUAUGCAUGAUUCUGUGUGUUAUAUAUAGUGUCAGAAGAAGUCAAUGGCAAAUAUUAUGUGGAUCAAUAGUCGACAAACCACUGUAACAUAUAUAUAAUCACAAACGAACAAAAAAAACGACAAAAAAACAACAAAACGGAAAGACAAAAAAAGGACAAGACAAAACAAAACACAAAAAUAUUUGCACAAUUAGUCUAGAAUCAUGCCAAAGGCAUUUUAGUUGUUUAGAACUUGUGUAAAAUCAUUCUUAUGUUCUUAUUACUACCAAUUUCUGUAACAAAAUUUUCAAAAUAUACUCUCAUAACUUUA